AUGGCAGGAGAUAGACAAAUACUCCGCUUGACAGCACACGACUAUCUCUAUGGAUCAAAAUUGGCAUAUCCUGUAUCGUAUCGUAAUCGUCCCUCGUGGUUCGAUCAAAAGGCAGAGGGGUUAAGGGAUGUGGGACGAGGGCAGGGUGAGAUUGUGCCAAAAAUUCAGUAUCCGCGCGACGCUCAGCAAGGGCGCUUGUGUUGUGUCGUGUUCCGUCCUUCGAUUCGCGAUGCAGCGGCCGUGCAGAUGAGCCGGUAUCUCCGUCCUGCUCGCACACAUCCCUUCCCCCUGCACGAUGCCGCGCCGGCACCCCCGCACUCUCUACUCUCUUCUACUUAUCGGUAA